AUGUCUAGAUUGAAUAGAGGAGGUAAAAUUGCAUCUCUUAUUGAUCGUUAUGAAAAUAACGACAAAAAAAAGCAAGAAGAUGCUAGAAUUGUAGCUGAAGUCCGUGCUUCUCCUAGAAAAGCAGCUGAAGCAAAGGCUAAAGAAGAAGCUGAAGCAAAAAAGAUACAAGAAGAAAAUGAAAAAAAAAUUUUAGAAGAAGCCAGAAUCAAAGAAGAAGCUGAAGCAAAAGCCAAAGAAGAAGCUGAAGCAAAAGCUAAAGAAGAAGCUGAAGCAAAAGCUAAAGAAGAAGCUGAAGCAAAAGCUAAAGAAGAAGCUGAAGCAAAAGCCAAAGAAGAAGCUGAAGCAAAAGCUAAAGAAGAAGCUGAAGCAAAAGCCAAAGAAGAAGCUGAAGCAAAAGCUAAAGAAGAAGCUGAAGCAAAAGCUAAAGAAGAAGCUGAAGCAAAAGCUAAAGAAGAAGCUGAAGCAAAAGCUAAAGAAGAAGCUGAAGCAAAAGCCAAAGAAGAAGCUGAAGCAAAAGCUAAAGAAGAAGCUGAAGCAAAAGCCAAAGAAGAAGCUGAAGCAAAAGCUAAAGAAGAAGCUGAAGCAAAAGCUAAAGAAGAAGCUGAAGCAAAAGCUAAAGAAGAAGCUGAAGCAAAAGCUAAAGAAGAAGCUGAAAAGAAAGCUAAAGAAGAAGUUAAAGAAGAAAAUAAAGAAGAAGUUAAAGAAGAAGUUAAAGAAGAAGUUAAAGAAGAAGUUAAAGAAGAAAAUAAAGAAGAAAAUAAAGAAGAAAAUAAAGAAGAAAAUAAAGAAGAAAAUAAAGAAGAAAAUAAAGAAGAAAAUAAAGAAGAAAGUGAGGUUCAAGAUACUACACCAUCUGAAAGAGUAAUGUCAAAAGGAGAGAAGAAAGCAAGAAAAGCACUUGAAAAAGUUGGACUUGUUGAAGUACCAAAUGUUAUUGAAUUUUCACUUAAAAGAGCAGGAAGUAAAUUCGUUAUUAAUCAGCCAGCUGUUUAUAAACUUCCAUCAAGUGAACAUUAUGUAGUAUACGGUGAACCAAGAAAUGAAUAUAUGGACGAAAAGACUAAACGUAUUCUUGAACAACUUCAAGCUAACAUGAAAGAACAACAAAAUACAACUGAAGAGAAAAAAGAAGAACAAGUCAAUGAAAGUAGUGCUCCAGCUACCACUGAAGCUGUUGAAGAUGAUGGAUAUGUUCCAGUUGAAGCUGAUGUCAAUGUGCUUAUGUCUCAAGCUAACACCACACACGAAAAAGCAUAUGCAGCUCUUAAAAAGACAAAAGGUGAUCUUGUGAGUGCUUUCUUUGAAUUCCAAUAA